AGGAAUUUUCUCUGACGAAAUGUUGAGGCUCUCGACGGCCACGAGUAAGGCGAAAGAGGAUAUUCUCUGCCAGAACUGUCUACAGUAUGGUCAUUGGAGUUACGAGUGCAAGAAUCCGCCUAAGAAUGCUAGUCGGAUGUCGCGGAUGCAGAAAAUUCGGAGUAAGAAGUAUCAGCCCAAGUUUAAUGAGGAUCCUGGCCCGGACGUCCCUCAGAACAAUUUCUUAUAUGACAAUAAGCGCUUUGGAGAGAGGAAAGCAGCCCGUGAAGGCCAGGUGGUGAUUCCUAAGAAAGAGACUCGAAAGGCUCGUUCGAAGCAUAGGGAAAUGAAGAGGAGCCGUCGACGCUCUGAAUUAUCAUCAUCAUCGUCUUCAUCGUCAUCAUCAUCUUCGUCUAGUAGCAGUAGUUCAGAUAGUGACAGCAGCAGCGAAUCGUCAUCAUCAUCGUCUGAGAGUCCUAGCAGGAGUCCCAGCAGGAGUCGUCGUGAUAGUAGUAGAGGGAAGGGGAAUAUGUCUUCAUCACAGCAGAAAAGGAGGAGGCCCGAGUCGCCGGUGAAGGAAAGUAGAUCGUCGAAAUCAUCAGCAGACUUGAAUGCCUGGAGGAAGGCACGUGACGAUGCUCAAGCUGGUCCGAGGCAACGCUAUAUUGAACGCCCAUCGGGUCGAGAUGGGCGUUCAUAUGAGAGGUCCCGGGGAGAGAGUAGCCGAUCUCCUCCGAGUCCCCGACGUAGACAAAGGAAGGAUGUCGUGGAGUCACCGAGACGUAGGAAGAGGAAGGAUGCGGUUGAAGACAGCGAUGAAUCACCUCCCACGGGAUCGCCUAGGAAAAUCGCUAAGCGUCGAAGUUCAUCACAAAGACGCGGCUGGUUUGAAUUAUCUCUCUCACCCUCACGAGGGACUCCUCUGAAACUCGACGAUGAGAGAGCGUCAGCGAGUACCACUCUGUGAUCAUACUAUCACUUUUUCUUCAGGACGUAGCCGCUCGAGAGCAUAUCGAAUCGGGGUCGGUAGGCCCUUCGAGAUCGACUUUACCGGCCGCUAGAAGGGAUAGCU